AUUUGAGAUGUGAGAUCAUUUUGGCAAACUUUAUACUUUAAAAUCCUAACAAAUUCAGUAAAGGCACAGUGUUGUUGACUGGAGCUACAGGAUAUGUUGGAUGCUUUUUACUUCAACAACUUCUUUUGCAUACACAGGCAACGGUAUACUGCUUGGUUAGAGAAAGUCCACACAGAUCACCCUUAGAGAGAAUAAUGCAGGCCAGAGAACAAUUUGGAUUAAGAAAAGUUGUAGCAACUGAACGAGUAAUUCCUCUGAAAGGAGACGUAUCCUUGACCCUUCUGGGUCUUACCAAAGAUGUGUACAACUCUCUCUGUCUGGAUGUAGAUGUGGUGAUCCAUGCUGCAGCUCAAGUCAACUUAAUUCUGCCUUUCAAUGCUUUGUACAAUACCAAUGUCCUUGGCACUCGUAAUGUUUUACUUUUUUCUGCUAAAUCUAAAAUCAAGCCUGUCCACUACAUAAGCACAAAUGCAGUGUUUCCUAGUGGCUUGCGGGAUGUCAAGGAAAAUGUAGACAUGAAUCAAUUCUGCAAUCAGUUAGAGAGUGGUUAUAGUCAAACAAAAUGGUUGGCAGAACAACAGGUACUGGCUGCCAUCGAGAAGGGAUUGCCAGUUGCUAUAUACAGAUGUGGUAAUGUUGGAGGAUCCCGCCUUGUUGGAGGUUGGAACCCAGCAGAUUUCAACCUCUAUAUGCUUAGUGGGGUUCUUAAAACAGGCUUUGCUCCUGACAUUAAGUGGCAGAUUGAACUAACGCCAGUUGACUUUGUAAGUCAAGUCAUAACACAACUAGUUUGCAAUCUCCAUGAGUCUGUUGGAAAAAUAUUUCAUCUCGUCAACAACAACACACUUCCUUGCCAAAAUCUUUAUGAGUUGUUCAGACAUCUUGGCUACAAUGUUAAAACAAUAAAAUACAAUGAAUGGAAAGCUCUAAUUUUAAAAGAAGGAGAGAAAGAUACUCAGUUAUUCCAACUCUCACAACUACUUGAAAAUCUUGUCAAAGAAGAAAUUUACUUCUCGUCUGACAGCACAUACAGUCAAGAGAAUUUAACUGAUGUUUUGAAGAAGAUGAACAUAUCUUAUCCUCAAGUAUCAUCUGAACUAUUCAUCUGGUACAUCGAGAGCCUGUCAAGCGUGGGAAUUCUACCACAAGCUGAGACUGAUAGAAAUAUUGUAAAGCCUUAUGGAAACCUGAAAGGCAAAGUGAUAGUUGUUACGGGAGCAUCUUCAGGCAUUGGUGAAGGUAUUAGUCGAACAUUGGCGCGAGCUGGUGCAAGAGUAGUUUUGGCUGCUAGAAGACUGGAUAGGUUGCAGGCUAUAGUUGACUCACUGCGCAAAUCUGGUGCUGAGGCUACUCCAGUUCAACUAGAUGUCUGCAAUGCAGAGCAGGUUUCUACUUGUAUGCAAGAGAUAGAAAGUAGAGUGGGACCAAUAGAUGUGCUGGUAAACAAUGCUGGAGUCAUGUUCUACCAGUUCAUGAAGAAAUGUGAUUUGGCGAGAUGGCAGCACAUGGUCAAUGUCAACAUUAAUGGAACACUCAACUGCCUAGCUGCGGUCCUCGGAGGAAUGGUAGCGAGAGGGUCUGGCCAUAUCGUCAACAUCACUUCAGACGGAGCAAGGAAGCCUUUCCCAGGGUUAGCGGUGUAUUGUGGAACAAAAUAUUUUGUUCACUGCUUAUCUGGAGCUUUGAGGUCGGAACUAGCAUCGUUGGGGGUGAAAGUGACCGAUGUUCAACCGGGAGAUGUCAGCUCAGAAUUGCACAACCAUGUCUCUGAUCCAGAGGCAGAAUUGCAGUUUGAUUGGAGUACCAAAGUGCCGAUACUGAAGCCAUCAGAUGUGGGUGAAGCUGUUCUCUACGCUCUUUCUCAACCAUCAUACUGUGCAGUGAAUGAGAUUCUAUUGGAGCCAGAACAGUUACCCCUAUAAGAAAUACCAUUUUUAACAUUCAAACCAAAUACAAAUGUCUAUUAUUUGU